AUGACCGUGGCGGCGGCGCCCGACGGCGCGCCCCUCGUCGCCAAGGGCGACACGGUCACGGUGCACGCCACGGGCAUCGUCCAGGAGACGGACAAGAAGUUCUGGAGCACGAAGGACCCGGGGCAGAAACCGUUCACGUACCAGGCCGGCGUCGGCGGCGUCAUCACGGGCUGGGACCAGGGCCUCCUCGGCGCGGCGCUGGGCGAGACGCGCAAGCUCGACAUCCCCGCGCCGGAGGGCUACGGCGCGCGCGGCUUCCCCGCGUGGGGCAUCCCGCCGAACGGCGGCCUCUUCUUCGAGAUCGAGGUCCUCUCGAUCAAGGGCAAGGGGCCCGAGCUCUAG